CCAAUGAAAUAACAAGCGGUUCAUGUGGUUUGUUGUUUUGUAAUUUGUUGUGUGAAUAAUUAAAAUAUUUCAGUAAUCCUGAGUCUGUGUAUUUAAUUUAUAACUCUUAUUUCUAACACUUGUCCAUUUGUCCACCAUUUGACCGCUAAAAGGCAACAAUGAUCAUACCAGUGCGUUGUUUCACAUGUGGAAAAGUUAUUGGGAAUAAAUGGGAGGCGUAUCUUGGUUUGCUUCAAGCUGAAUAUACAGAGGGUGACGCGUUAGACGCCCUUGGUCUUAAGAGGUACUGCUGCAGACGAAUGUUGCUGGGUCACGUGGAUUUGAUUGAAAAACUUCUCAAUUACGCUCCUUUAGAAAAGUAGAUUAAAGCUUAGUUUUUAUAAUAAAUUGCUGAUUAACUGGUUUUGUAAUUGCUGCGAUCCCAAUGAUGCAAAACAUACCGAAAACAAAGGUUUGAUUAAUUUGUACAUAAUUUUUUAUAAUAAAUAGUAAAUAUAAAAACCUAA